UGCACAAAGAACAAACCACACAGCCAUCGCCAUCGCCGUUGGUGGUUCGUUGAUCGCCGUUGGGCCACCCGUUGAGAUUGCGCACAAUAAUAAGUGGCACGCUUCGGCGUAGCAAGCUAGCGGCAGCGGAAGCCGCACAGCAGAAGAAGAAGAAAAAAUCCUCCCCACUAACAAUGUCGUCGUCUCCUUCCUCGGCCCACUGGCUGAGCUUGGUAGGGAGCGUCUGGCUCCAGACCGUCAACGGCCCCAACGCCGACUUCGCCGUCUACUCGUCGCAGCUCAAGGAGACCAAGGGCAUCUCGCAGGUGCAGCUCAACUUCCUCGCCUUCGCCUCCGACGCCGGCAAGCUCUUCGGCUGGCUCGCGGGUGUGGCCGCGCUGCGCCUCCCGCUCUGGGUGGUGGCGCUGACCGGGGCCACGUUCGGCCUCGUCGGGUACGGCGUCCAGUUCCUGUUCCUCGACAGGGCCGGCCUCGCGUACUGGCACAUGUUCGCGCUCACCUCCCUCGCCGGCAACGGCAUCUGCUGGGUCAACACCGUGUGCUACCUCCUCUGCAUCAACAACUUCCCUGCCCACAGCCGCGUCGCGGUCAGCCUGGCCACGAGCUACCUCGGGCUCAGCGCCAAGUUCUACACCACCAUGGCGGACACCAUCCCCAGGGCGGCGAGGGCGAGGUACUCCACCGCGGAGGUGUACCUCCUCCUCAAUGCCGUCGUCCCGAUGGCCGUCGCGCUCGUGGCGGCGCCGUCCCUCCGGGUGGUGGAACUCAAGGAGGGCCGCCGCAGGAGGACCGAAGCGCCGUUCCUCGCCAUGUUCGUGAUCACCCUGGCCACCGGAGCCUGCGCCGUCGUCGGCAGCGUAGGGGCCAAGUCCAUCGGGCUCUCGUCUAGAGCACACAUGGUCAGCCUCUACGUGCUGCUCGCCCUGCCUCUGCUGAUCCCAGUGUGGCUCAGAGUCAGGGAGGGCACGGCCAAGAUACGCGAGAGUAUGUGGGAGAACCGGGUCCACGAUCACGACUCCGACGGGCCCGAGUCCGAGACGGCGGUACCCGCGCCGGUGUCGGUGGUCGAGAUUCAGGCGGAGGACAAGCAGGAGGAGGCAGGGGCGGAGCUCCAACGACAGAAUAAUGGUCAACAAGAGGAGGUCGGCGGCCUCCGCUUGCUGAGACUAUUUGACUUCUGGCUGUACUUUCUCAGCUACAUGUUCAGCGGCACUCUGGGUCUGGUCUUCCUCAACAACCUGGGACAGAUCGCAGACUCGCGAGGACUCACCGAUGCGUCCACUCUAGUCUCCCUGUCCUCCUCGUUCGGCUUCUUCGGUCGUCUCCUUCCCGCCUUCUUGGACUACUACACUGCCAAGAGUGGCUACUCCCUAUCAAGAACGGCGUCCAUGGCGUGGCUGAUGGCCCCCAUGCCCGGCGCGUUCCUCCUGCUGCUGCACCCGAAGAACAUGUCCCUGUACGCCAGCACGGCCGUGGUCGGCACGUGCACGGGCGCCAUCACCUCGGUGGCCGCAUCGACGACGAACGAGCUGUUCGGCACGAAGAACUUCGGCGUCAACCACAACGUAGUGGUGGCCAACAUCCCCCUGGGCUCGCUCUGCUUCGGCUACCUGGCCGCGUUCCUGUACCAGAGGGGCGCGCACGGCGGCAACCGAUGCCUCGGCGCCGCCUGCUACCGGGACAGCUUCAUCCUCUGGGGCGCGACGUGCGCCCUGGGCACGGCGCUGUGCACCGUGCUGUACGUGCGGUCGCGCCGUUCCCCCGGGAGGCUACCUCGCUAGGGCGCUGGUUGGCUAACGCAGAUGACGACGACGACGAUGGUGAUAACGAGGGACCAGAAGCUUCUCUGAUGAACGAGUUUAGCUGUUCACUAGAUGCGACAGGAUUGAGUUGAGAGGAGAAUAAAAUAUCUAGAGAGUGCUGCUAGGUGGACAUAGCAUCUUUUUUUUUCUUUUUAGGAUUGUUUUGCUUUGUUAGUUUGUUGACAGUUGACACACAGUCCGGCUUUGGAGAGGCACUGGAAAUCUCUCUGCAUGCUUAUAUGGGUGAAACGGAACAGAGUACCUGUAAACAGUGCUGGAAAUUGCAACUUUUGCCAGGCCAGCGGUAAAUCCUACGUUCUGACACAGUUCAUAUGACACGUA